AUGAGUUGGGAAGGUUUCAAAAAAGCGAUCAAUCGAGCAGGCAAUAGUGUUCUAAUCAAGAACGUCGAUAAAACUAUCGACAAGGAAUAUGACAUCGAGGAACGUAGGUACCACAUACUAGAGAAGGCUGGAAAGGAACUUCAAAAGGAGGCUAAGGGCUAUUUAGACUCAUUGAGAGCGGUGACGGCAUCACAAGUGACAAUUGCUGAGGUCAUUUCCAACCUUUAUGAUGAUUCUAAAGCCAUCAGUGGAAGUGGAUAUAACGUAGGCAACUACUACCUACAAUGUGUACAGGAUUUUGACUCCGAGACUGUGAAGCAGCUUGAUGGUCCAUUUCGGGAAACAGUUCUCGAUCCAAUAACCAAGUUCUCAACCUACUUCAACGAAAUUGGGGAAGCUAUAAAGAAAAGAGAUCACAAAAAACAAGAUUAUGAUGCUGCAAAGGCAAAAGUGCGUAGACUAAUUGACAAGCCAGCUAAAGAUGCUUCUAAAUUGCCCCGUGCCGAGAAAGAACUGGCUUUAGCCAAAGACAUCUUUGAGAACUUGAAUGAGCAAUUGAAAACAGAGUUACCACAACUUGUAGCCCUAAGGGUUCCUUAUUAUGACCCCAGUUUCGAAGCAUUGGUUAAAAUCCAAUUAAGAUUCUGCACAGAGGGUUACACCCGUCUCGCUCAAAUUCAACAAUACUUAGAUCAGCAAUCUAGGGAUGAUUAUGCGAACGGACUCCUUGAUGAUAGAAUAGCAGACCUACUACAGCAGAUGUCGAAUUUGAAUAUCUGCGCUUUGGGUUUCAAGUAG